GUAAAAGGGAGACAGAUAGUAGUAAACUGUUUAAAACUUCGGCGAGAGGGGCUGUUUAUCUGCUCUCUGUUUGGCUAAAUUAACACGUCAGCGUCGUCUACAGCUGUUUUCCACUAAAACACAACGGAAUAGUGUGAAUGUCCAGCCGGGAGAGUUUGGUAUCCACAUCCAGCGGAGCGACUUCUAACUUCAGCCGAGUUUACUUGGGCUUUUUCUGGAGACUCUGCAUGCUGGGGCUUGAAGCUGACUUCCUGAAGUCUGCGUCACAGAGAGGGAAACCUUCAUAAAAAGCAGGAGAAAGGCCUGUUUCUCAUUCCUCCUCAUACUGGAAGCUGCAGGAUAAUUACGCAAUGGCAAGAGGAUCCUCCAUUCCCUUGUUGCUUCUUGCAAUAUGCUGCCUUACGUCUGCAGGGCCAUUGUUUCGCAGCCCAUGUGAGCUGCUGCCUGUUGGGAUCGGCCACCCAGUGCAGGCUAUGUUGAAGAGCUUCACCGCCCUGUCAGGCUGCGCAAGCAGGGGCACCACCAACCUCCCCCAGGAGGUCCACAUCAUCAACCUGAGAGGACAUGCUCCAGAGGGACCAGACAACACCCUGGUAGAAGUCGAUCUGCAUCUGAAGCCCAUCCAGUCGCUGCUGCGCCACCAGAAGCCACUGGUUUUCGUGCUCAACUCCCCCCAGCCGCUGAUCUGGAAGAUCAAGACAGAGAACCUGGCCCUGGGCAUCAAACAUACCUUUCAUGUAUCUGAGGGCUCUGAGGUCCAUUUUGAGCCGAGAAACUUCUCCCUCUUUUGCCAGAUCCAGAGGGAGACCCUUCCCCAUGGCAACGAGCACCUCCUCAACUGGGCCCAGAAGAAGUACCGAGCAGUCACCUCCUUCUCUGAGCUCAGGAUGACUCAAGACAUCAACAUCAAAGUUGGAGAAGAUCCAGUGUUUUCUGACACCUGUAAGAUUGAUACCAAGUUCCUGUCUCUGAACUACCUGGGCGGGUACAUGGAGCCGCAGACAUCAAAGGGCUGCGUCCUGUCUGGGCCCGACAAAGACCGAGAAGUCCACAUUGUCGAGCUGCAAGCCCCAAACUCCAGCAGUGCUUUCCAGGUGGAUGUCAUAGUGGAGUUAAAGCCUCUUGAGGAUGACGCCCCGCUUCAUCGUGACGUGGUGCUGCUGCUCAAGUGCACAAAGUCCGUCAACUGGGUCAUCAAGGCCCACAGCGUGAUCGGGAAGCUGGAUGUAGUGGCCUCCGAUACCGUGAGUCUUGGUUCGAAUACUGACAGGCUGAUGCAUGUGUCGAGGUUACCCAAGCAGCAUUUGCCGUCGGGGUCUCAAGCCUUGAUCAAGUGGGCAGGGGAUCAUGGCUACGGUCCGGUCACGUCUUACACCAGCACUCCUGUGGCUAACCACUUCACUAUCAGGCUUAGAGAGCCAGAUGUGGUGGAUCCUCUGGAGAGCAUGUUGCCUCCAGAGCUGUCCAUCCUGCGUGACUCCAGUCCUCAUCUAGGAGGAGGAGAAGGAGUUGCUUCACCUCGCUCAGGUCUGCCCUUUCCCUUCCCUCCACCUGGGUCUGACGGCCUGCCCUACCUGCAGCUGCCCCACUCCCUGGAUGAGCAGCCCUGGGAAUUUGGAGAGCCUGAGGAGCACCAGGGCGUCCUAAAUGUGGGUCUCACUGUGCAGUGUGAGGACACAAAGAUGGUGGUCAGCAUCGACAGAGAAAGUCUGCAAGCAAGUGGGUUUACUCAUGCUAACCUCACGCUCCGAGACCCUAUGUGCAAAGCAACAGUAAAUGCCACCCACUACACACUUGAAACUCCUCUGGAUGGCUGUCAAACCACUGUAUAUCCCAUGCAGGGCAGCCCUGUGGCCCUCCACAUCAACUCUGUUCUGAUAAAUCAGUCAGAGAAUAAAGAUGGGAGCGGGGGGCCACUGGAUUAUGACGACCUGGAAUCUGGAGACGUGCUGUUUCCGAGAGAAAGAGUGGAGUCAGAGAAAACAUUUACAGAGCCCACAGAGCACCAAUCCGUAAUUGUGUUCAACUGCACAUACCCAAAGAGCCAGGAAUCCUCAGAAAUGCUUCACAGGAUUGUACCGGGACCAGCGAAGCAACCGGUCAACAACAUGACUUUUAACAUGGAGCUGUUCAACACGCUGCCGUUCAACAACCCUUCACGUCAGGCCUUCUACACUGUUGCACAAAAUCAGCAAGUCUUUGUGGAGGUCACCUCAACCGCAUCAGAUCCGGAGCUGGGGUUCACCAUCGUAUCGUGCUUUGUUUCUUCUGACUCCAACCCCAGUGUUGCCUCAGACUACACUCUCAUCCAGACGGUCUGCCCUACAGACGACUCUGUCCAAUACUAUCCUCAGAGGGAUUUCCCUGUCCUUCACACACCGAUGGAGAAGAAAAGUUUCAGCUUCAACUUCAACUCUAAUUUUAAUAUGUCCCUCCUUUUCCUGCACUGUGAGAUGAGUCUGUGCUCCAAGAUACCACAGAGUAACCAAAGAUUACCACCGUGUUUACAACCUGGUGAGACCUGCGAUUCCUUAGGUGUGGAUAGUAUCGUAUCGAUGAUGAUGAACAAGAAGACACUGACCAAGCCACUGGUUGUCGUGGAUGAAACAAGCCAAUCAGACAUAACAGUUUUUCCAACUCCAAAAGCACCUCCAAGUCCACAGGAUCCAUCCAAUGAAAGCCCACUGUACAUUCUGGACACUCCGACGGUGGUGGGGAUUGCUUUUGCAGCCUUUGUGAUUGGGGCUCUGUUGACCGGAGCCCUCUGGUUUAUCUACUCACACACAGGCGAUGCAGCUGCUGCAGGAACACAGCAGGUCCAGAAGUCCCAGCCCACCUCAGAGAACAGCAGCGCUGCCCACAGUAUCGGUAGUACACAAAGCACACCAUGCUCCAGCAGCAGCACCGCGUAGCCCAGGAAGAGACCCUGCCACAGCACCGUAGGGGUCUAUGACCACAUGGACCGGUGUGUCAGUCUCCUUCCAUGAAAGGAAAUAUGCAAUAUAAAGUUAAAAAAGUAGAAUCCAAAAUAGAACAAGGUAGAUGAUAAUGCUUUUAAUCCUUGUGUAAAUUCCUUUGAUGCCACUUUGACUAAGAACAGGAAAAAUCUACUGCUUUUAUUUUUAUUAGAUCUACAAAAAAUAAGUUAAUACCAGGCUUUCCUUUCUAAUCCAGAUGCUGUUUUUUAGACUUCAACACAGCCUUUUAUUUUGACCGUACAUGGUUUGAUUUAGGCUGUUUAUAACACGCAGGUGUGCAGCAAGGAAAGCAGACAAGCAGCAGUGAUGUCAGUAUUAGUAAGUGAGAUGCUGAUGGCUGGUCUAACACGUUCCUUCAUGACAUGCUGACCUUAAAGGGGCAAAAGAGCGAAGCAACCACUAUAAACAUAAGGACAAAAGUGCAGUAUGUUGUCAUCUUUUAACGAAGAGAGGUGAUGGCUUUUUAAAGAAAGUGUACCAGGUAUUGAAUGUAUACAGAAGAGUAAACACCAAAUAAUGUGACAGAUAAAUGUGAAAAGUCAUGUUGAUAAAAGAUACAUUAUAAUGCUAUCACUUUGAUGAUACUAGGUUCUUUAAGUAGUUACAGUAGUUCAUUUCAGCAGAUUUGAGUCUGAGACUCGAUGAAAAUAAUGUUUCAAACUUUGCAGGGGCAUUAUGUGUUCCCCUUUCUAGUUUCUGAUAACAGAAUAGUUUAACAUUUUGGUAAAUGUGAUCAGCACUCUGAGAUCUUUUUGAUAAGCUGGAUACUGGAGAUAAACAGCCUAACCUCGCCUAGCACAAAACGGAAAGAGACAGGAAACAGCAUAAAGCUUUAAUAACAAACAAACACUUACACCGCAGAGUGUACUUAGCAAUUAUUUGCUAGCUUUGCAACUGUCUCAUGCUGUUUCUGUAUGAAUUUUAGAACGGGGUUGUUAUGAGCUUAGUCAUCUGUUGCUCUGUCCAUCUUAAUGUACAGCCCCUGUUGUGAUGCUUGAAAAACAGCCUUUAGCACCCCCAGAGCUCAACUAUUAACAUGUUCAAUUUUGUCAAACUUAGUAACAACUGCGCUUUCUUGAUUUGGGGGUUACUUAAAAGUUUCUCUGGGCUACCUUUUUUCUCCCUACGCAUAGUUUUGAAGCUAGGCAAAAUUAAAAUACCCUUUCUCCAGCUCCAUCAUUCUCAUUAAGACAUCAGAGUGAUAACAACCAACCAUCCACCAUUAACUAUUAUAUUUGAGUCUUGAAUCUAAAAGAAACACAGGAGACGUGCAUACAAAUAUCUUCAAAUUAAAGAUUAAAAUGUUACAGUAAAUAAGUUAAGAAAAAAAUCAUAUAAAUACGCAUAUUUCCUCAAAUGUUAAACUUUUCUUUAAGUUUGAGAUAGAAGAUUAGAGCUGUAUAUUUGUGUAAGUAUUGUAAAUACUCAUAAAUGCUAUGAGGCAGAAUAUGUGCAAAUUCUGUUUUUCUACUUCCUUAUGACAGGAUUUGUAAGUUAUAGGUGAAAGUUAAUUCUAUAUCUGAUUUUUAGAUGUUUAAACAGUGAUAUUUAGUGACAGAUUUAGUGUAAACAGAGUAUAAUUUAAGGACAUUAAUUCAAAAUUAUGAUUAAGUAUAGUUGAAAGCAGUUUGAUCUUAACAUCUGUUUCUCUGCAACCCUACACUAUUUACUGCCAAUGUAAUUUCUGUAUCCUCUUUAAGUAAAAUGUUCAUUCUGUUAGAUUUAAAAAAAAUAGUAGAAAUAUACCCACCUUAAGAUAUAACUAAAAGCAGAUAAAGGCAGCAAAGCUACAAAUAAGUGACACAAUUAAUAUUGGCUUCUUUUAAUAAAGGAGUUGAAGAAUAAUGUCAUAUCACUCAGUGAUUCUGGAGAAAAAUGUUACACUUCAUUUUACAUAUUUUAUCGUCUCAGAAGCAGAGUAAGGUAGUGUUUAUAAAUCAUAAAGCUUCAUGUACAGUGUAUGUUGUGUAUAAACCUUGGCACUGACAGAGUGUUAAAUAAGCUGUACUUCGAGCUCAUUAUAAUGGACGUAUAUUUUCAUGUUUUUAUAUUUUUCUGCAACACCACGACUGUCCCACCGUCUCAGAACGACAUGAAUGUUUGCUGAAGUGCCUUCCUUUAACCUGUUUGAGUGUUUGUGGGACAAACUGUGCCCUUUGUAUUGGAGGAGGGGAGUUUCCCUGUAAGGAUUUAACCAGAACAAGAAAAACAGAAUGUACUCUAUCUCAACGUUUUUCUCCUCAUGUAAACAUGUAUAAAGCUUUCUACAGAGGGAACAGAGUUUAAAUUUAUAUAUAUUUGUGUAUAGAAUUAUAUUUUGGAAUAUAUUUACCCAGAGAAUUUUAUUGUCGUGUGUGUGUGAAAGUACUGUGAAUUUUUAUGGAUGUGCUCAUGUAUUCUACAUGAUUAAGGAGGAUUUAUUCUCUUCAUUCAUACAGGUCUCAUCACAUGUUUUAUGACACUUUAGUUACAGUCAUAUAUUCAUAUUUAAAUACAGAGCUAUUCAGCUGCUUUUGUGGAAUCACACUUUUGAGUGUUUAGUUAAAGUGAGUUGGAUGCAAAUACUUACACUUUGACUUAAAUGCCCAGUUAUAAAAAAAAAAACUGCACUGACAUUUAGUGACUUUAUGUUUUAGUUUUAUUAAAUCAUGUGUCCUAAAACAUAUUAUGUAAUGAGUCCUUAAUGAAUAAGAGAUGUAAAUGCUUCUCAAACUGAACAGGACUUCUUCUAUGCAGGAAAUACAGCUACAACUCUCCUCAUAAUAGCUAUGCAAGCUUAUUUUUUUUAUUUACAGACUAUUUUCCUACAAGGUGUCACUGAGUAUGGGCUGCAGCAGUGAGUAAAAUGUGCCGAACAAAAAAUUCUCACACUUCCAGGUAGACAACUGGUGGAAAUAAGCACCAGGAUAUACAGAAGCAUAAGGUUAAAAUUUAUUUACUUUUGUUAUCCCCUUUGGGCUGUUACUGUAAAGUUAAGAGUAGCACUCUUAAAACGGACGUCUGAUUUAUAUGAUUUUUCCGUUACACUUAAUCUUAGUAAUUAGUAAUUAGUAAUUUUAUAGAAAUAAGUGUUGUAUUCAUUUCUCAAGAAUAAGGUGGUAAUUACCUUGUAAUAAGUUAGCAUUUUAUCAAGUAUAAUCUUGGAAAUAUGAUAUAUUAAGGAAGUAUUUACCUAGUAAUGAUGCAUCAAUUAUCAAGUUGUUCCUUGUAAUAUUGUGGCAAUUCUCUGGUAUUUAGGUGGUGUUUUACCCUAACCCCAACCCUUUAAAGCUAACUCGAACCCUUAUAUUAUGUGACACAGUAAUUAUGUGGUAUUUUACCCUAAUCCUGACCCUUGUAAUAUUGCGGCUUUUCUCUGGUAAUUAGGUGGUAUUUUGCCAAGAUUUUUCUUAGAAAUAAGAUGAAAUUUUCAAUAUAAGUUGCUUGAUAACUCCCAGGUAAUGUCUUUAUUUUGGCCCACUAAAUUAAAGUUAAUCCUUUCUGAAUGGUUUUCAAGUCAUUUCUAGGCUUAGACGGUUAGGGCUAGAGGGUUAGGGUAAAAUCCAACCUAAUAACCAGAGAAUUGCCACAAUAUUAUGAGGAAUUAUUUGAUCAUUAACAAGUUAUUACUAGCUAAAUACUUUCUUAAUCAUACAGAGUUAUGGAUAAUAUGCCAAGUUAUUACAAGGUAAUUACCACCUUAGUCUUGAGAAAUCACUGGAUAAUUACCACGUAUCACUAUGAAAUUAAAUAAGAUGCUAAGGUUUGCUGUUUUUCUUCUCUAUAGUUUUGUUGCAUUUUUUAACAUCUUACAGCUGAUCUGGCAAAAUAAAAGACAAUUUUGAGUCCUAGAACACCAGAAUCAACUAAAAGGAUGCUUUUUAACUCGAGACCAUGCUUAUAAAAUUUUGAUUACUGUUUUUAAAUAAUGCACAUUUUAAAUUUACAUUUUAAAAACUAUGUUAUUACAAUUCAACUUAAUUUAAGCCACACUUACCUCGUGACUUAAAUAAACAUCUUCAAAACAUUCAAGAUAUAAAUGUCAAACCUAAGGGCUGAAUUGCUUCAGCUAAGUAAAAAUGCACCGCCAAUGAGGCAAGCCAUUUUACUUGAAUGUCUUUAAUAAGAUUUUGUGACUCAUUUUGAUUGUGGAUCCAGUUUCUGGACACUCAAAGGAUUUAAAUAUAUAAAAAAUUAGACCCUUUUUCCACUUUCUAUUGUUACUGUGCAACCACAUACACAAUAUCACCUAAAAAUGUUGCUAUUUUUCCGUGACCUUGUUGAUCCACAGCAUUAAAUUGUAUUAAAUUGUCUACCUGGAAGUUUUUGUCUGGAAAGAUGGUGAUCCUUUCCGAUUCGCUCAAACUCAAUGCUUGGUAAUCAUGCUGUCAUAGAACAAUAACCAGACUACAGACUUGUUUCGGUCCUCUUGUUGUCACAACAAUUGCAACAUCUCCUGAAAGUAAUGCAAAGAUGAAAUCAAGGAAAACCCACUGUUGGCAGCAGUUUGACCACAUAGAGAGCUGAAUAUAUAAUAAGUUUGUGUGUAUUCAGUAACAAUGGAGGAUGGAGAGAAUCCAGCUAUUUUAUUUUGUUUCUGGAAACCAAACUGUUUUCAAUAACACUUGAGAGAUGAUUUUUAUUGAGUUGCAUUGGAACCACUUGGACUUAGAGCAACAUUCGUGCUUGUUUGUUUUAUCGGGCCUGCUGCCAGCGAACGUCCGAGCCACAACCUUGCUGGAUCCUCUAUUCAGUAAAGCUCUCAGUAAAUAUACAGCAGUGAUAUGAAGCCGCUGUUGCUGUUAUCAAACAGCAUCAUCAUGAAAAACAACACUGCAUCCCUCUGUAUACAGAGGAUACUUAGUGAGAGAUCAGUGUUUCACCCAGCAGAAAUAUGCUGCAGCCUGUAAUCAGCGGUCAUUGUGGGAUUAAGGCGUUCUGACGUUCCUGUACUGUGGAGGUUUCUCUUAUCGACUGCGGUGAAUCCAUCUCCCGUAUGUAAUUAUCUCCUCCACCUCCCUCAUGUCAUGCUGUUAAGUGGCUGAGCCUCAAGUUAUGUUCUGGAUCUAAUCUUCUCAUUUGAGAUAAUUGGGGGAUUUCUUUCACUCACACUAACAUUAUGAUCCAUGAGAGUUGCUGUUCAAACAUUCCUGCCUGCUUUUAGCUGCAGUGCAUGCUGGGAAAGAGCUACACUUCUCCAUCUGUUACAAAAAUAUGCCAAACUUAGCAGAUAUACUACUCUGUCAAUAUGAAAUAAUGAUGCUGUAUCACAUAAAAGGAGCAUUUUUAAAGUGUGCAUGUUCAGUUUGUGAUUUAUGGUAAAUGCUGAUCCAAGAACAGCUGUAAUCUGAGCACAAAACUGCAAAAACUCCAGUUUAAGUGUAUUUGUCUGCCUAAUAAAAAAAAACUAAUUACACCAACUUUAAGCCACAUUUAUCUGCCAAAUCCAGACAAACAUCCUAUUUCAAGAUAUAAAACAUAAAAAUGAGGCCUGUAUUGCUUGUGGUGCCUCUAGUACGUUUCACCUAUGACUGUCUUGAAAUGA